AACAAAUGAUAGUUAUUCCUCUGUGGUGAUGAUAAAGUUUUCUUAGUUUUAGGCCAUUGGAUCCAAUCAAUGAUAGACCACAGUCAUCUGGACGGUUCAGUAAAGCUCCAUUACCUCAACUGUCAUCUCUUUCGGAUGCACCCAUUCUUUCUGCAAAUGAGAAACCAAAUAGUAUAAAAAGAAAUAAUGCUCUUAAUGACAAACCAUUGGAAUUCGGCAGAUUUGAAAAUAGAAGGGGUACUCAGUUGACUCCUGUCAAACUGAAUGCUUUGAAGAUGCCUCCAUCACCUUCUGCUAAUAAAUCAUCAAUGUCUUUUAUGCCAAAAGGAUCUUCCUUGACGAGAAAUAUCAGAAGAGCUACAGAAGAUAAGAUUCCUGAGAAUCACCCACUAGACAAUAGAAAUUAUAUUCCUCAGCAUGAAGAUUUUAAUGACAGUACAUCAUCAGAUGGAGGUUCCAAAUAUUCUUAUGAGGAUAGUGGUGAUGAAAUGGAACAAGAAUACUAUGAAAAAAAUAUUCAUGGUUCUAUUGUCUCACCAGCUCAUUCUGCCUACGAAUCUCCCGACGCUUUGGAUAUUAACACUCUUGUACAGCUUAACUCAAAACUGCCACCUGGCCGUGAUAUUUCUUCAAAAACUUCACCUCUACAUUCAUUAAAUGAUAAAGGAGGACCACCCCCAUCUCUGAACUUGAGGAAAAUGGGACAACCAACCUCUUUAAAACCAAUACAACCUGCAACAAAGAAAAAAUCUUCUCCCAAGAAGAGGUCAAAGAAUUUAAAAUCAUUAAAAGUCCCUAAGUACGACACUGAUGAGAGUGGGCUGGCUACUGAAAUUGAAGAAGAGCAGAAGUUAAUGUUAGAGAGAAUUCAAAAGGAAUGGGCAACAAUGCAAGAGGAAUUUAAAAAAGAAGAGAAAGCUAGAUAUGACCAGAUGGUCAAAGAGAGCUCUGAGAGACUUAAAGAAGAAGAGGCUUUAAUUCAGAAGGAGCAUUCUGAUAUGCUUUCAACUCUCAAAGCUGAAUUGGAAAAGAAGAUACACGAGGAGCGUAAUACUGCAGAGAAAAGUUUAACAGAAUUAAAGAAAAACAAUGAAGAUCUGUAUUACAAAGAAGAACAAGUUUUUAAGGAGAAAUUAGAUGCUCUGAACGAAAUGAAGAGUUCAGAAAUAAGCAAAAUAAAACAAGAGCAUGAGGAGAAAUUGAUGGAAAUGAAAAAACUGAUUAAUGUUGAAAAAGAGAAAGAAAUUGAAGCAGUAAAAUUAUCUCAAAUUAAGGAAUUAAAUGAUUUAAAAGAGUCUCAUUUAAAGGAAUUGGCUUUAGUUGAGAAAGCCCAUUCUGAAAAAAUAAAUGACAUUAGCAUUGUUCACACUAAAGAGCUAAGUGAGGCUCAAAAUAAUGUUACAGAGAGUAAGUCUUCUGAAAAUGCAAACUUGCUUCUAGAUAUUGAAAAAACCGUAAAAUUAUUAGAAGAGAAGAAAAAAGAGUUUGCAAACUUAUCUGAGGAGUUUAAAAAAUUAGAAAAUGAAAUAAACACUGGCAAUCAAACAUUCUUGAAAUUGGAAGAAAAAAUUUCUUCUGCUCAGACAUAUUUUGAAGAAAUACAAAAUGAAGUGGAUGAAACUGAAAAUAAUUUAGACUUAUUGAGAACCGAAAAGUCAGCAUUAAUUACAGAAAUUAGCAUCUUGAAAGAAAACACAGCGAGUGAAAAAUCAAAAUUGCAAAAUAUCGCCAAGGAAAGAGAAACAAAGUUGACAAAUGCUAAAACUCUUGGUCGUAAUUGUAUAGAUAAGAGUGUUAAUACUGAAGUUAUUAUAACCACAGCUUGUCAAUAUAUCCAAACUAGUGUUGAUUACAAAGAUGCUUUUUGCCAAAUAAUUGAAGAAAAAUCUUUAAAGGAAGAUAGAACUAGUCAAACUAAUAAUUUAAAAUCAAUGUUAUGUGAUAAAUUCUGCCAAGUUGAUUUUGUAGAUAAUCUAAAACUCAACAAUAAGAACAUAUCUCCAACUAAAUUAUCAUCUUCUGAAAUUAGCGAUGCUGCCAGUGUCAAUGUGCUAAUCAAUAAGAGCCUGGAGAAUGCCUUGGCCAAUGUGACUCAUAAAAUUGAUGAAAGGUUCAAAGUUAUUGAAAAGCACAUAGGAUCUUUGGCACAAAUUGCAAAGCCACCUGAUAAUCAAAUUCCUUCAUCUGACAACUUUCAUAAUUCGUCAUUUGCUCAUAACACGGAAAAUCCCAGUGCAUCCAAUAUUUACAAUUUAAACGUACCUCAAAGAACAAGUUUCAGUGAUAUGUUGGUUGAUACUUCUUACCGUCCUCCCUCCGUGAUCCAGAACAAAAAUACUUGCAGUUGUGUUCAGGGUGAUGCUGAAUCGUGCGAUGUGAUGCAGGAGGUGAAAAAUUCGAUUUAUCGGUUAAAUGGAAUUUUAAGUCAGACAUUUAUGCCUGCCUUAAAUAACAGUGAUGUUAUGACUGAGAUGAAUCAUCCUGUUGUUAAUUAUUCUAGUCCAUUAGAAAGUUUUUACUCUCAGUUUCGUCAUUUGCAAGAGAAGCAUCGAAUAACUAACCUUAAACAUAAGUGCCAAAAUGAAAUAAAGUUACAAGUAAAAAAUUCCUCUACUGCACUAUCAGGUCCAAGUCAUCUAAUGGGUUUGUUUAAAUCAAAGGAUUAUUCUAAACCGAAUAAUAUUGAAAACUCUAAUCUGUAUUCAAUUGAUUAUCCUGAAGAUCCUCUCAUGAGAGCUCGAAACUUGGUUCUGAAGGAGAAAGCUCGAUACUGGAAGCAGUCACAACUGCAGAAUUCAUUAGUUGCCUCAUCAGACCACCACUUUUCUACAUCUGAUAAUUUAUCUCAUUCUGCUUCAUCAAGAACUUCUCCUGCUCUUGGGGAAAAAUCUCCAUACCUUAAUUUUGAGUCUGAUCCUGAGGCUGAUUACAAUGCAUGGAUGUCUCGGUUAAAUGCUUUACAGCAGAGAAUACGAAGUCACAAGUUUUCAUGAUAUUAUUAGAAGCCAACACAUAUAUUUCUGUGAUAUAAAAUCAGUGCAAAAUGUACUGAAAUAUGCCACAAGGGAGGCAGAUGUUAAUAUGCAUUUAAAGUUCUUUUCAAUCAUAAACAGAUAGUUAUUGAAAUAGUUUCAAAAACUAUUAUUUGUUUAGUCAGAUUUUAUUUCACAAUUUAUAUUCACUAUCGGCACAAAUGUAUUAUAAUGUUCUAUAAAUAUAUAUAUAUAUGUUAGUUAUUAUAAUGUAAUAUAUUAUAAUAACUAAUUAUAAUGUUCAAGUUGAAAUAUGUAUUGUAAUGUGUGUUCUAAGUCACAGUGUUUUCUGUAUUUUUAUUUUUAUGGGAGUUUGAUACUUAAAACUUUUAAUGUAAAUUUUAGAACAUUUUUUGUGUAAAAUUUUACUCUUAUUUCAAAAAGUAAUUUUUCUAGCCUAUAUUUGGAGUUAUUUUGGCAUUUAUUCAAACUGAGUACUUUUUUUAUUUAACCCACACCCUUUUUUUAUGGUAUGUUUUUAAAAUUCCAUACCAUUUACAAACUUGUAUUAAGCAUUUUAAAAUAUCGAGAAAAGUUAAAAAGUUUGUUAAAACCUUAUGGGCCAUUGGAUUUUAAAAUACUAAUUAAAAUUUUAUAAACUUUUUGAAGAUUUGUUUUUGUCUAGGGAAUUUAUAAAUGUUAAGUUAACAUUUUCUGUAUUUUCAUUUAUAAGUUUGAGUGCCUAAUUUUUUGGGAACUUCAAUUGAGUGCUUGAUUUUGAAUGCCUAAUUUUUUAGGCAAACUUUCAUCUAUAAUAGAAAAUUUCAAUGUCAUAAAGCUAAUUUUUUUCCGUCAUUAAAGUAAUUUUCAAAAGUUUUGUUUUGAAUUCAAUAGGUUUUGUCUUUAUGAUCUAUUCUUAUUAUGUUUUUAAUGUUUACCUUGAUAAUCUAUAGUGCUGAAUUAGUGUAUGUUUUAUGAAAUCGUGUUCUUUUCGAAUGUGCCAUUUUUUUCAUAAUUUUUCUAGUCAUUUAUCUUGUGAUUCCCUAUAAAAAAUUAUUUUUUACUUUAAUUAAUAUAGUAUUUUAAGUUUUAGGGAAUUAUUUCGUUUUGUCAGUUUGUAGUUUAUUAGUUUACAUACUAUUUUUGUUUGUCAUUGUUUUGCUUUUUAAAUAUGCAUUAUCAACUUAUCAUAUCAUUUUAUACAAAAAUUACAUUUAAAAGUAUUAUUUAGAAAUUGAAAGAAUUUUUAAUGUAUUUAAACUAAUGAAUAUUUUUGAAAUAUUUUGCAGUUCAAAUGGGUAUUAAUAUUUUGAAUAUAAAUAUCUUACAUAAUGUCUUAUUUUGCAUAGAAAUUCGAAACUUAAAUAUUUUUUUAUUGGCAUUGUUUAUAUUAAAAUGUGUAUAAAAUAAUUUUAAAACAUUAUUUAAUUUUCCUUUUUUUUAUAUUGAUACAUAUUUUAACUUCACUGAAGCAGUCAUUAUUGACUGAAAAAUGUAUUACAUACUAAGCAUAAAUGAUAAAACCAUGGCAAAGCUCCCAUACAUAGAAAUUAAAUUUAUAAAAUGAUCUGGUUGUGGAAAACUUAACCAGCUCAGUAAUCAAUCCAUUUUUUACCAGGUACCCAAAACCAGCUGAGUAAAAAAUUUAAUAUUCAUUGUGUUUCCGGUACAUCUUUAAUAUCAACUAUUAUAUCAUCGAUAUUACGAAAAUUUAAGUAAUGUUUGUAAAGUAAUAGCUUAAUUCAUAAAUGCUUGUCGUCUGUUUAAUACACUAUUUCUAGUGUUUAACAGGCUAUUCUUUGACAAAUGCUUUUGUGUUAUCUUUUGAUAUCUUUCAGUUCAGAAAGAUUUUUAAUAGCGAGAGAUAAAUUGUUUACAUCUGUUCAGAAAUGUGUGUAUGGUACCAUUUUCAUAAAUUGUUUAUUUUGUAAUGUUUUCUAAAUUUAUUCAACAAUAAUAUUUUUCGAUUUCUCAAAUCUUAAGGGGGAACAAUACUAUGAGAUACAAAUGAUUUAUAUUUUGAACAACAAUAUGUACCUUUGAAGAUAUUUUUCCAGAAAUUUUUUUUGUUUAAAAAUUUAGUCACAUAACAAAAAUUUAUUCUGUUUUAAUCAUAGAAAAACAGUAUUUAACUUAUAGGAUAUUUAUCUAUAAUGUUUUUUAAAAUUUAUUCAAAUAACAAAAAUAUAUUCUGUAAUCAUAAAACGUCUGUUUAUAAUGAAAUCUUAUGAUUGGUAAGAAGUCUCAAAAUAAAAAUAUUUUGCAAGCAAUAUCAUAUUUUUAUCUCCAAUUUAUAUCAAUUGAAACCUUUUUUAGUUUAUGUUAUAAUUAUAAUAGUUGAGUCAUAAGAUCUCUUUUAUUUCAUUAAUAUUUAGAUUUUAAGCUAAAGGAUUUUAAGUUUACAAUAAUUGGAUUUUCAGUAAAAGUUUUAAAAAAAUGCUAUAUAUUCACUCACACUUACGUGCACAUAAAUAAUGUUGAAAUGGAACAAGAAGAGUUACAAAGAAUUUUAUUUUCACCAUAAGUAUGUGUAUGGAUUUGUUUAUUGUUAUUUAAACACUCGUAAUAACCAGCCAUAAGCUAUUUUUUAGUGUAUUUAAAACUCUGAAAUGAAGUCUAUUUUUCUGAUACCAUCUACUCCUGAAAUUGUUUAUUGCUCGAUCAAAAAACUGGUAUGUAGCCUCUGAGUAAAAUGCAGGGCAUCACCAAUAUCUAAUAUGUCCUUUAUUUUUAUUCAAAAAUUUCAUCUUCUUAAUGUUUACCUAUUUUUAGCCAUAAACUCAAUAUUGGUUCUUAAAAGGAUAAAAAUGAAAUACAUUUAAAAUUGUAUCAUGAAAUGAAAUUUUCCAUAAGUGUUAUGAUGUUAAAUAAAAGAUUUUUCUACA